AUGUCCGAACGAGGUUCAUUCCGCGGCGGUCGUGGGCGCGGCGGUGGUCGCCAGCCCCAACAGAAAAGUGGCGGUGGUGGCGGUGCACAGGAGAAACCUAAGAAGGAGAAUAUCCUCGAUCUCAACAAGUACAUGGACAAGGAGGUCCAGGUGAAGUUCAAUGGUGGUCGUGAAGUUACCGGAACCCUCAAGGGUUACGAUCAGCUUAUGAACCUGGUUCUUGAUGAUGUCAAGGAGUCUAUGCGGGAUGACGAGGGUAACUCAACCACCCGCUCACUGGGCCUAAUCGUCGCCCGUGGCACAUUGAUCGUACUCAUCUCCCCCGCUGAUGGCAGCGAGGAAAUCCCUAAUCCAUUCGUGCAGCCUGAGGAAUAA